CCGUUGUUACCACAGAUCACUGGAAUUCUAACCUUCAAAAUAAAACAUUACCACACGUUUUAAAUUUGUAAAAGUAUAAUGUUAACUACAAAAAUAUUUAUAAGAAAAAAUAGAGCUGGUAACUUCCUGAAGAACAUUCGUGAGCAUUAUUUACGAGAUGAUAUUCACUGCGGAAUCAGCAAUUGCCAUGAUUGCCCACCGAACUCCAACAUCUCACCUGCAACUCAUGAAAAUAAAUGUUCGCUGUACAACUUUAAUCACUAUCUAGUAUUAGAUACGAACGUAAUUUUGCAUCAAAUGGAUCUCCUCGAGGAGGAUGCUAUGUGCAAUGUAAUUAUUUUAAACACUGUACUCGAAGAGGUGAAACAUCGUAAUUUACCCAUUUAUAAGCGUUUAAAUAACAUUAUGGAGAAUACGGACAGAAAUUUUUAUUUAUUUCCGAACAAUUUUCAUAUAGAGUGUUACAUAGCUCAGGACAAAUUGGAAGUGAUUAACGAUUACAAUGAUCGUUGCAUUCGUAGAGCGUGCACAUGGUAUAUGCAACAUGUGCCGGACGCCAAAUUUGUUUUAUUAACUGACGACGUUGCUAAUAGGCAACUUGCCGCAGAAGAGAAUAUUUAUUGUUGUUCUGUAGAGAAUUAUGUUGCUCAUUUGGAGAAUUGCGGGAGUCUUCAGGAUAAAUUAGCGCAUCAUGAUGGUCACUCUAUUAGUAAAAGUGACGAUAUUUUUCCACCACAUUUAACUACUCUUGAGAUCCACAAAGGAAUUAAGGAGAAUAAACUGUAUCAAGGGGUGUACCACGCUUCACGCGAUAAUUUCCUUGAAGGGUAUGUAGUUGUCGAAGAGUCUGAUGGAACUCCGAUGCAGAUUAUCGUACAGGGCAGAGUGGGUCAAAAUCGUGCAGUGCAAGGCGAUGUCGUUGCCGUCGAACUGUUUAACGUUAAAGAAUGGACGGCGCCAAGCGAUUUAGUGUUCGAGGAUGAGGGGCUCGUCGAGUCCGGUGUUGACGAGGUUUUGCGGAAAGAGGCAGAGCUGAACGUCGGUAAAGGUAAAAAAGAGGCGGAAGACCGCAAGCCAACGGGCCGAGUUGUUGGUGUGAUUCGUAGAAAGUGGCGGCAGUAUUGCGGAAUUUUACAGCAGGAUGGCGACGCUUCCGGUCUUUAUCAAUUGUUUGUACCGGCAGAGAAAAGGGUGCCCAAAAUUCGCAUUCAAACGAGACAAGGUGUAUUUUUGAGAACUCAAAAGAUUGUUGUGACAAUUGAUUUGUGGCCUCGACAUUCUCGUUACCCAGAAGGACACUUUGUACGUGCUCUUGGAGCAAUUGGCGAUCAGGCGACCGAAAACGAGGUAGUUCUUUUAGAACAUGAGGUACCUCACAAUCAAUUUUCGGAGCAAGUGCUGAAGUGUUUACCGAAGCUACCUUGGAUUAUUACAGAUGCGGACGUCGAAGCCCGAGUUGACUUACGAGACAUUGACAUUUGUUCUGUGGAUCCACCGGGCUGUACCGAUAUUGACGAUGCUUUACACUGUCGACCUUUAACCAAAGAUACGUUCGAGGUAGGCGUUCAUAUUGCGGAUGUUUCUCAUUUUAUUCGACCCGGUACUGCCCUCGAUGUAGAAGCCGCAAAUCGUGCGACGACAGUUUACUUGGUGAAUAAAAGGAUUGAUAUGGUUCCCGAGUUACUUAGUUCAAAUCUGUGUUCGUUGAGAGGAGGCGAGGAACGGUUUGCAUUCUCCUGCAUUUGGGAGAUAGACAAGAAUGCUAAAAUUCUCAACGUGCGGUGUCACAAAAGUAUUAUUCGAUCUCGCAAGGCAAUGACUUACGAAGAAGCUCAGAUCACAAUUGACGACAAAACUAAAAACGAUUCAAUCGCCAUUUCACUGAGGAACUUAAAUAUGCUUGCGAAAAUAUUGAAAAGAAAACGCUUAGAGAAUGGAGCACUGGUGUUGGCAUCUCCCGAAGUUAAAAUUCAUAUGGACUCUGAAACUAUGGAACCCUUAGAUGUCGAGGUGAAAAAGUUGUUUGAAACAAAUUCAAUGGUGGAGGAAUUUAUGCUGCUUGCCAACAUAAGUGUCGCGGAAAUUAUACUGGAGGCUUUUCCAGAUUGUGCAAUGUUGCGACGACAUCCUGAGCCUCCGGUCAGCAAUUUUGAUCCAUUGAUUAAAGUUGGAAAAAACUUGGGAUUCGAUAUCAAAGUGGAUACAGGAAAGCAUUUGGCAGAGUCACUAGAUGAAGCCGUUAACGCAAACAAUCCUUAUAUUAAUACAAUGCUGAGGAUACUGGCCACUCGUUGCAUGAUGCAAGCCGUCUACUUCCCCAGCGGCAUAUAUGAAAAAAGUAACUUUUUUCAUUAUGGCCUGGCUGUCCCUUUGUACACCCAUUUUACAUCGCCUAUCCGACGAUAUGCCGAUAUUAUAGUUCAUAGGCUCCUCGCUGUUACGGUCGGUUCGGAUGCGACCUAUCCCGAUUUAUUAGAUAAGCAGAAAAGCAAACUAUUGUGUAAUAAUCUCAACUAUCGAAAUCGAAUGGCGCAAUAUGCGGGGAGAGCGUCAGUUGCAUUUAACACUCAUUUAUUUUUUCGAAAUAAGGUGCAAGAUGAAGAAGGUUAUAUAUUAUGCAUAAGGAAAAACGCAGUUCAGAUUUUAAUACCCCGGUAUGGUCUAGAGUGUACUCUUUAUUUAGCCGAAAAAGGACAAUCUUCCGCAUAUUUUCAAUACGAUGUUGAAGAGCAAACACAAAAAUGUGGAGACAUUACACUUCACGCAUUUGAUCCGGUCACAGUCCGCUUAUCAUUAGAUUCGAGUAAUGUACAACACGAGAAGUUUGUCUUGAAGUUGGUCCAUCCCUACAUUGAAGGGUUUAGCUUACCUCCGUUGAAUGUGCCGUCCAAGCGAAAAGGUGACAGUAAGAAUAAAAACAAAUCGCACGAGAAGAGAAAGAAGCAACUUCAUUAAUUUUAUUUUUUCUUUUGUAAUUUGAUAUCGAAAUGUUUUGAAUUAAAAGAGGUCUUUUAAUGUC